AUGGUCAAGGAUAAUCACAAGCUGUACAAGCAGAAACUUGAGGAGCUAACCAAGCUCCAGGACGGGAUCUCCAGCUCCAUCGCACGGCAGAAGAAGCGGCUGAAGGAGCUGUCGUUGUCCCUUAAAAAAUGCAAAGCCCAUGUGAGCCCCGAACAGCAGGAGUCCAUCCAAGAGACCCAGAGCCUCAUAAAAGAGAGGCAGAACGUUUUCUUUGAGAUGGAGGCCUAUCUGCCAAAGAAGAACGGGUUGUAUCUGAGUCUGGUGCUCGGGAAUGUGAACGUCACGCUGCUCAGCAAGCAGGCCAAGUUUGCCUAUAAAGAUGAGUAUGAAAAGUUCAAGCUCUACCUCACCAUCAUCUUACUCAUUGUUUCCUUCUCCUGUCGGUUCCUUCUCAACUCCAGGGUGACAGAUGCCGUCUUUAACUUCCUCCUGGUGUGGUACUACUGCACCCUCACCAUCCGGGAGAGCAUCUUGAUCAACAACGGAUCCAAAAUCAAAGGCUGGUGGGUUUUCCAUCACUACAUCUCCACCUUCCUCUCGGGUGUCAUGCUGACGUGGCCGGAUGGUCUCAUGUACCAGAUGUUCAGGAACCAGUUCCUCUCCUUCUCCAUGUACCAGAGCUUUGUGCAGUUCCUCCAGUACUACUAUCAGAGCGGGUGCUUGUACCGGCUGCGAGCGCUGGGCGAGAGGCACAACAUGGAUCUGACUGUGGAGGGCUUCCAGUCCUGGAUGUGGAGAGGCCUCACGUUCCUGCUUCCCUUCCUCUUCUUUGGGCAGUUCUGGCAGCUCUACAACGCUAUCACCCUCUUCCGCAUGAUCCAGCACCCAGAAUGCAAGGAGUGGCAGGUCCUCAUGUGCGGCCUCCCCUUCUUCAUCCUCUUCCUGGGGAACUUCUUCACCACCCUUCGCGUGGUCCACCAGAAGUUUCAGAACAAGAACAAAGACACGAAGCGGAAUUGAUGGGGGGGGGGAAGGGAAAUCAGCGUGGGGGCCAGGACUGUUUCUCCCCACCAGCUCCAUCUCCCAUUCCCACCUCCUCCAUGCCAUCUGGACUCUGCUGUCUCACCCCGUUCCUUGGAAGCCUGAGCGGAGGACAGAGCUCGGGGCCUGCUCCCAAAUAGACUGCGUGUUCACUGCGGUGCUGGAUCCCUGCCUGAGUCCCUCACCUGGAGGCAGGAGCACCCUGCAACUCCUCCAGAGCAGAGCAGGGGGGCUGGGGCAG